ACGUGGUUGAAAAACAACGAUUUUGGUCAUCUUGCUUUCGUCUGGGUAUUCUGAACGGCUCCAUAGACUAACUACAUUUCAAGCCUAAAGGAAGAAUCUUGGUUAAUAUCUUCAAUAUAUCCAGAAAAUGCCUCAAUUUACUUGUAUUUCGUGUCGUGUGGGCUUUCCCGAUGGUGAAAUGCAAAGACAGCACUACAAAACAGACUGGCACAGGUACAAUCUUAAACGAAAAGUAGCUGAAAUGCCUCCGGUGUCUGCUGAARUAUUCCAGGAAAAGGUUCUUGCCCAGAGAGCCGAAGCAGAAGCUAAAGAGCAUCAACAGAAAGUUUCUCUUCACUGUAAAAUUUGCAACAAAAGUUUCUCGUCAGAAAAUGCUUUCAARAAUCACAUGCAGUCCAAAAAACAUCAUGAAAUCGCGUCAAAAGCUAAACAACCGAAAGACAAAGUUGAAGCAGAGAAGAAAUGUAAUUCUGAUAAUGUUUCCCCAGCUGACGACAGUGAGGAAAUUGAAGAGGUAGACGAAUUUGAAGAAGAAGCUUUGGAAAUAACACAGUGCCUCUUUUGUCCUCAUGAGAGCACAAGCUUUGAAGAUAAUAUGAAGCAUAUGUCUAGAUCACACAGUUUCUUCAUCCCCGACGUGCAGUAUAUUACCGACCUCAAGGGUCUCAUUGCAUAUCUUGGAGAAAAAGUAGGGGUUGGAAAAAUGUGCUUGUUUUGCAAUGAAAAAAGUAAAAACUUCCUGACCAUUGAGGCAGUGCAGAAUCAYAUGUUGAGUAGAAGUCAUACUAAGCUUGAUUAUGAAGGAGAUGCAGCAUUGGAAUAUGCUGAAUUCUAUGAUUUUACGAGCAGUUACCCUGAUGAUGCCAAAGAUGGUGAUGAUGAUGAUGAUAGUAUUGUAGAUGCUGCGACAAUCACUGUUGACGAAACAACUAAUGAAYUGUGCUUGCCAUCUGGUGCAAAGGCUGGUCAUAGGGAUCUGCGUCAUUACUAUCGUCAAAAUCUACCACCUGAAAGGGAGAGUCACCAACAAGUCAAGGUCAGAAAAAGCAUCAUGGCAGACUACAAAGCAUUGGGAUGGCAUGGUGGAAUGACUGAGGCAACAAGGCAGAAAAUCAGAGAUGUUAAUGCAGCACAAAGGAACUUUUCAAAACAAMAAAACAAACUUGCUUUGAAAGCUAACAAAUUUCAGCCGCACUUCAGACCACAAGUUGUCUUUUAGAGAGAUAAUUUUAAUCAGUGUCGGAGCAUUUAUUUUAUUGCAAUAGUUGAACCACUGAGUWGCCAGGUUCAUACCAGCAUCCUCUUAAGGUGUCCCUCUUCCUUUCUGUUAUCAUUUAAUUAAUCCCUCAUGGGCUUCCUGUGUGCUUCAUGUGUUUUCUGUCCUUCGGAUGCAUGAUUUUUUUAGGAAUAUCACCAGUGGUAAAUGUGCUCCAAACUUUUGCUUAUUUUGAAUUAAUUUUAAUAAUUAUAUUAAUG